GCCACUCCCCCUCUCUCCUCGUACACAAAAAAAAACAAAAUUUAUCAGAGCAAGCCUGGCGAAUUGAUAUUGAUUGCGCGCUUUUCUUCAAUUGGCAAACAAUUGAAUAACAACUAUAAAAAGGUGCCCUCCAUUAAUGGAGGCUCAUCUUCUCCGUUUUUGUUGUUGUUUAUUGUUGUGAAAAGAAAGAAAGGCAGAGAGAGAGGAACGAGAGAGGGCCGAAGGGAAAAGAGAGAAACGGCACAGAAAGCAAAGCAAUUGACAGCACGUUACGUAUACGCCUCUUACGCCCCGCAUUUAGCAUUUGUUUGCCAAGUUUGCACAGAAAACUAUAUUUAGCCAGCACGACGUCGACAACGAUGAGAACUUACAAAAUCUGUCGCCAACUGCAGGCAAACUUUGCGACCGCGUAGCAGCAGCAGGAAAUGUCCCACGAUUAUCAAUAGCAGACACGCGCGUCGCUAUCCAAAAUCAAUUCAAAUCCACAACCAAAACCGAAACCGAAUCUGAAUCAAACCAAUACAAACCGGAAGCGAGGACCGAAGAGGAAAAUACCCAUCAGUUCCUAUGCAGUUAGAGCCGAGUUUAAAUGAAAUUGAGCAAGAGCCUGGCAAACUGUCGCGCCAUCCGGCGCUAUUUGCUCAUCUUCACGGCCAUUUCCCUGCUGCUCCUGCCCCUUUCGUUGGUCUACCUGGUGUGGAACGAGCAGCUGCAGAAGAUCCGAGGAUUCGAGGCCUUUAAUGUGCAGCAGCAGCAGCCGCCGCAGCAGCCGCUACAGCAACAGCAGCAGCAGGAGCAGCAGCAGCAACAGCAGGAGCAGGGGCAACAACAACAUGGGCAGUUUCCGUAUCCGGUGGUCCGGUAUCCGGUGCUGCUGCUUAAUAAGAACAAGAACAAGGACCUAACCGUCGUGGCAACGGGCAAGACCAAGAACAAGUGGCGCUAUGUUGAUAAAGACAGCAACCAGACGCUCCUGCCCCUCAUCCCCGAGUAUGCCGUGCAGACGCUCACGCCGCAGGAAAUGCUCCAGGUGGAGCAGCGGAUGGACCAGCGCAGGGAGCGGCUGAAGGACAAGUGCUCCUCCUACGGCCUGGAUGUCCUAGGUCACGACUCGUGGCACACCCCAAACACGUGGGAAUUUUUGGUCAACAAAAAGUAUCACAUUAUCUGGUGCAAUGUCUUUAAGGCAGCCUCCUCGUCCUGGAUGUUCAACUUCAAUGUCCUGGCCGGCUACUCACCCAGUUAUUUGCGCAAAACCAAAAAGAUUCUCCUCAAUCUGGCCAGGGAACGAUAUCCCCGGGUGACGCUCGACGAGCUGCGUGAGGCGCAGAACUACUCGCUGACCUUUAUCAUUGCACGCGAUCCCUUUGAGCGAUUAUUGAGUGCCUAUCGGGACAAGAUGGUAUUCGCUUUACCCUACUCCUUCCACGAUAAGCUGGGACGCAGCAUUGUGCGCAAUUAUCGCAAGAAGCCCUCGCUGGCUGCCCGUGCGGCCAACACAAAGUUCCCGUCGUUCCCGGAAUUCGUGCACUGGCUGCUCGACCAGGUGAAGCGCGGCAGCUUCAUCGACAUGCACUUCGUGGCAGCCACCUCCUUCUGCACACCAUGCCUCAUCCGGUUCGACAUGAUACUGAAGUUCGAGUCGCUGGCGGAGGAUCAAUUAUAUCUAAUCGAAAAGACUGGCCUGAAGCGGGUGAUAGCGCCCGUGUGGCGAAAUAUGGGCAAGGGCCGCAAGACGCACGAACUCCAGCAGCAAUUCUAUGCGCAACUGACGCGCCACGAAAUGCUGGAGCUCUACGAGUAUUACAAAUACGACUUUGAGCUGUUCGACUAUGAUAUCCAGGAGUAUCUGCAGGUGGCCCGGCCGGAUGAGGUCGAAAGUCCCGCGGGCACAAAGAAUUAAACCCAGCUCUGAACUCUUAGACUUUGCUAUAAACCAAUGAAUCAAGUUCAACGAACUCACAUAUUAGCCGUCACAGUACGUAAUUGCAAAUGUUGAUAAUACUGAAGGAAAACAAUAAUAAACUUAACUACAUUUAAACGAA